AUGGAAUCUACAGCUGAGUUCCCUCCUGAAAUAUAUGAAAUUAUUAAACCAGUCUUGGAAUUCGACCAAAUUGAUCCAAUCUUUUACAAUAAUUGCAACGUUUUAGAAGCAUUAAUUGCUGUGUUGAGGAAUAAACCUUCUCCUUCUGUAUUAUGCAUUAUUGAAGGGGUUAUGGGGAAGGCAAUCUCAAAUUUUAUUUCACCUAACUCCCCCCUCCGUGAGUGAGCAAAACCAUUAGAAAAAUCGCUAUUUUUUGCCAAAAACCCAUCUUCCGUGAGUGAACAAAAAAAUUUUUUUAAUAGAAAAAUUUUUAUAUGGAAAAAAAUUUUGAUAUAUAAGUGAUAAUUAGUAUAAUGAAAUCUAGAGCUAAUUCUUGUUAAUUUUAAACAAAUUACUUUUUAAAACAUAAAUUUUUAUAGAUUAAAUUAAUAUCUGCUUUCCAUAUACAUAAAAUGGCGUAUAGCGACCGACCCACCCUCUCAGUGGUGGUUACCCAUGUAUAUCCCGGGCAUGGUUUUUGGAGCCAGGAGCUAGCCCAACAACGUCUGGGACCUCGAAGCGAGAGGCCUAAGCGCAAAAGCCGCUGUUUUUGCGACCAGACCCAUGGGCAGUUACUCGUGACUUCUUUUUGCCAGCAGCGCUCAGCCCAGUGAGUGCCCGAAAUGAGGCAGGGCGACUUACCUGCCUAAGCUACUUUUGUGGCUCGCCCCGAAUGGCGAAAGCUGUUGAGUUCUUUCUCGGGAUGACCGGAAAAGAGGGGAAGGCGAGUUAGACAGCUAAACGGGGUCUCUCCAGUUAAAAAGGUGCCCUUCAAUGGGCAGAUCUGGCGGACGACGCGGCAGUGUUGGCGUAAACUUAGGCGACGAUCCAAGUUGGAAAUGGAGGCGGUCAGCAAAGCCGGUAUAAGACGGCCCUUGACAAUACCUCUACCGAGAAACCGGGGGUUUCGGCUCGGGCUUGGUGAACGCUCUGCCACCACACGGGAAACCGUGGAAUGCUUCCUCGGACGUAGUAGGGACCUUAAAUACCCAGCGUAAUCUUAAAUCUUAAUAUCUGCUUUCCGAUUUCGCGAAUUGGGAUUUUUUUAAUAAAAAUUUUUAAAAAAAAAAACAAAUUAACCCCCCCUCUGUGAGUGAACAAAAAAAUUUGUUCACUCACGGAGGGGGGAGUAAGCAUUUAAAAAUUCUUAUGUCAUUAAUAUACACAAAUUCAGCCUACCCUGAGCUCCAAGAAUCUAUUUUACGGUCAAUUUACCAAGGACUUAACACUUUUAUUGAAAAAGAAACAAACUUUACUGAAGCAGAUGGAAAAGAAAGAUGGGUCAAGCCGCAGCCAAACAGGUAUUUUUUCUUCAACGGGCAGGGGAAUUUCGCUCAGUGUUCUUGUCCUAAAGAAACUUUUGCGCCUAAAAAAGAAUUUAGUUUUUUUGUAUGGGUUUUUGUAGACCAGAGAAGCAUCAAUUCUUGCAUCGCAGAAUUUUCAGAAGGAAAAGACCAAAGGUUUUCAAUUUUUAUAACAAAAGAGUUCUCAGUCGGAAUUAAGCUUUCCAAUUUAAAAACAAUUUUUAAGGUAGAAUCUGAGAAAAAGCUUGAAAAUAACCAGUGGAAUAUGAUCGGAUUUUCAAUAAGAAAAAUUUUAGGGUUUAGAGGCAAAAAAGAUGAGCUUUUGGUGUUUGUAAAUAGUGAUUAUCCGUCUAAAAUUAAAAAGAAAAAACAGAGCGUGAUGUACCCGAAUUUUGAAAUUAGCGUCAUUACGAUUGGGAAUACUUCUGAUCUCAAUAAACCAUUCCAAGGAAAAAUUGCUUCAAUGUAUAUUUCUGAUAAGUUUUUGCCAAACCAUUAUUUUUCAUUAGUGCAUGAAGCAAGUAAUAAGCUUUCUAUAGACUAUAAUCCAAGCUAUGCCAAUAAUAAGCUAAUUAUUAGAGAGUUUUGGAAUUCUUUGAUUUUUCAAUGGAAUUCUUGCAGGAAAAUUCCUAUGUUAUUUUUAAUUAAAUUCGAUGUAAAUUUGUUCUAAUUAUUUUUUUUUCAGAAAUAAAUUUAAGAUUUAAGAUUACGAUAACACUCCGUCGACCCCCACUUAGCUUAGGAUCUGACAAGCAAGCCCAUCCUUCCUGAAUUCCAUCACUGGCUAACAGCUCUGACAACGGUAGGUGGAAUUGGCCUAACCGUCGAACCGUUACAGUAGCCUAUGACCUAGACGAGUCUCUCUUUCUUUCUUGAUGUUGAUUCAAGCACACAAGGAACUGCCGAAGCAGUUCCAGCGACAAUAUCCUUCAGAAAGUCUGAAACUCCCUCACUAGGAUGACCUUAGGGAACAAGGACCCUAAUUCAUUCGCUCCAUUUUUAAUUGUGCAGAAAUAAAUUAAUGAAUUUAUAUAUCAAAUUUCAAAAAUUUCAAUGCCUGCGGCUGACAAUGAAUCCACUCAGUCAAUAUAUUUGAUUCUCUCAACAUAAGUGGCGGCUUAAAGCUUUGAAUUCCAAUAAUCACGAAAUGUAACACCCAAGGCAUUAUCUGGAUUAUUAAAAUACUUAGCGCCCUCUGCCAAGUUUCUAACUAUUUCGAAAGCCAAUGCAUACCUUUUAAUAAUUUUUUCGAAAAUUUUGGGGUUGCCCUUGGAGAAUGCAAUAUUGACCCCAGCCAAGAAUUUUUAUAUGCUUGCAUAGAAUUAAUCAAAAACCUGGAAUGAAGCCGGCCUAAUAAAGCUUCUCACAAUUUCCAAUACUAUUAUCAAAUCAAGGCGUUUAAUUCUAUUUUUCUAAAUAAACCAUUGUGGAUAAAUCUGGUACCAUCAACCAUUAAAGACUAUUUAAAAUUUUUAGCUGAACAAAUUCCUUUACAUUUUACGUUCUCUAUUAAAGAAAUGCCAAGGCUUUUUAUAUUUCUUAUCACAGCUGAAGCUAUUGUAUAUAAAGAGCAAGACCCAUUAUUAGAAGAAGAAUACUAUAAUUCAAUUUUGCUUAUGCUUCAAAGAAUGUUGGUAAAAGAAAACAAAAUUUUUAACACUGAAGCUUUUAUUGGUAUCCUUAUGAAAAUGGCUGAAAGUGAAGGGCACAUAACUCUAUUAGAAAAAUUUCUUCAAUUUCUCUAUUAUUUUAAAAUUUCAUUGCCAAUUGAUAAAUUCAAUGAAUUGUAUAUGGUUAUGCUGAACCUGCUAGAAGAGCAUGCUGAUAAUUCUAAUAUUCAUGAAAAUUUGAUUAGGUUAAUGAUUGAACUAGUUUUAAAAGUGACGCAAAAUACCACAGAUGUAGGGAAGACUCAGCAAAUAGCACAGACGUUAUAUAUAGAUUUAGAGAGAUGCUUGCAUAGAGAUAUCAGCUUUGAAGUAUUUGCAUCAAUCAUGAGGCUUGUAACCAUAAUGACAGAAAAUUUCAAAAACUUCAUUGACCUUAUCACUACAAGGAUCCCAAAAUGUGAAAACCUCCUCGAUAAAGCCCAAAUUAUUGAAAACUUAAACAAAACAAUUUUUGACAUCCCAGGGUUCAGUUUAACACUCCAUGACAGACUGAAUUUCCCUCAAUGGCUUAUUGAGUCCUACACAAAUGUAAAAGACCCAUCUUAUCUUGACAGAUUUGCUGUGAAUAUUUUUUCAAAUAUCCAAAAUCUCCUUAACUACAAUAAUCUCAGAACUUUUAUGUUUGGGAUUGCAGACAAUAUAAGCUACGAAAAGUCAUUAGAUUUCUUUUUAUUGCUGCUACACAAUAUAGACGAUAAGCUCAAAAACAAUAUUCGGUGGUUUCUAGAGCUCUUAGGGGUGCUUGAAGAUUUACUUAAUCCUGCAUUUAUAGAGACUGAGCCAAUCAUUUCUUUUAAAUUCAGAAAUAUUAUCAAUGAAAUUGUCAAAGCAGCAAAGGAUUUAAAGCUGCUUUCUUUAUGCCAGCCAAAUCUUCCAGCUAUGAAUUUUUCUACCUUGAAUAAUCUUUUUAAUGAAACCAGAAGACUAAAAAAAUACGAUAAAAAUGCGCUAUAUUUAAGAGAUGGAGGAUUUAUUCGGUUUAUUUUAAAAUUUAUAUUUAUUAGUCUGGAUUUUGAGCAAAAUGAUGAUAUGGUAGAAGCGCUUCAAAAUUUAGUUAAAUUUUGAAGCGAAAAACAUUCAAGUAAAUUUCCAAAAAAAGAGCCACAAAAAUUCGAAAGGCUCACAAAGCUAUAUGGAAAUUACCCAAAAGAUUCUGAAAAUAUUUUUAGUAUAAAUUUUAUCAUAUUAUACGUUUUUGCUGAGUGCACUGAAAUUAUUUCUCAAAAUAAUGCGACCACUCUGCUAGUUUGUUUUUUAUCAAAGCUUAUAAUUGAUUGUAAUGUCUGCGAUUUGCUUCAGUCUAUGCUGUCUUCAUUAACUUCAGAAGAUUUGGCGAAUUUUCAUAAUUUGCAGGAAAAUCUAGAUAAGCAUUUUCAUAGUACUUCAAGGUCUCAUUAUCCUCUUAAUUUGCGAAAUAAAGUGUCAAAGGCUGUAUUAGAAAAUUUAAGAAAUACCUCUCCGAUAAGAUAUUCUGGGGCUGUUGUUGAUUUUUAUAUAAAUGAUCAAAAUCAAGUUGAGGAAUUUAAAAAGACAUUAAAUAGAGAAAUACAAAGGCUAAGUAGCUCUUUAGAAAAUUUAGAAGUAAUGAGACAAGUUUUGGCGUCUGAGGAUUGAAUUAAAAAUGUCCAUUUAUUUUUACUAGCUUAUACGUCGAUGAAAGUUAACUUUUUAGGAGUCAUUGUCCCUAAUUUUAAAUCAAGGUAUACUGAUAUUGAUUCUCCAUAUUCAGGAAAAACCUACCAUGAAUCAACUAUGAGCUCAAGCUAUGUUGAUAGAAAUGAUGAAACUAAAAUUUAUGAUGUCCAAUUUGAUGAAUAUAUAUUCCAUUUUUGGGAUAUAUAAUAAAUUUUUGAUUUUUAUGCAUUUUUUAUAAAUUCAGCUUUUUCAGAAUAAAAUCUAUAGGAAAUUCAUAUAACCGCGAAAAAGGAGAAAUAGCUCUUAUAGAAAAAGAAUUCGCCCAAAAAAUGGAAUACGACAAAAUAUUUUAUUUAAAGCAAAACAAAUCAAUCAAUAAAAUAAUGAAAACCUUCCUUACUAACAGUCUAGAAGAAAAUUCUAAUUAUUUUAGCGUGAUGAAUAGGUGCGAUGGCUUAGGACGGAUGCCAUUUUUAAAAGAAUGGUCUAAUUCCCCUUUAAUUUGGAAUAAAAUAUCCUGUUUAGAGGGGCUAAAUAUAUUUUUUUAAAAUAAAAUUAUAUAUUAAAUUUUUUUAUAAAAAAAAUCUUAUAAAAAAUUAAACUCAAUCUUUUAAAAUGUUAAAUUAUUUUUAUGAAGAAUUAAUUUAAAAUCAAUCAAUUCAUUGCGAAAACUGCUUAUAUAAUAUUCUGCUUGCACUUUUUCUCAAAAAUUGGAAAUUUUACCGAUAUUUUGUUCCAAUUUAAAGUAGGAGGAGUAAAGAAAAGCUUUCUACAGAAACUAAUUUAAUUGCUUCCCAAGCAAGGGUUAAAGGUGAAGUAUUUCAAAGGAAAUCCUUACUUGAUGAGCUUGAAAAUUCAGAAGAAUUAUCCAGAAAUUUAUCAUUACUAGAACAAGGAAUAAGUGAAACUAAUCCUUCUUCAGAAGACGAUUCUUAUAAUAGCAUUGAAGAAGAAAUUAUUGACGAAAUAAAAGAAAUGGAAUUCUCUGACAAUGAAAAUGAAGGCACAGAGCCAGCAACCCCAAGAAAUCUUCCUGUAGAUUUUGAAUUACAAGCAGUUGAAGAUCAGCAAAAUACUUGGAAUGCUAAUAUUGAUUUACGCUCUGAAUUAAAAUAUAGCUGUGCUAGAGUCAAAGUAAAAGGAAUUUACCAAGGGAUGCUAAAAUUUAAAAAUAAUUAUAUGAUUUUUACCAAUGAACAGACAAUUAGAGCAUCCCAAGCAUCUGAAUCUUCAGCUAAUUUGAACCAAUAUGAAAAAGAUAUAAGAAAAAUAUGGAAUAUGACAGAAAUUCGAGAAAUUUUUGCAAGAAGGUUUGUGUACAACCAUAGCGCUAUUGAAUUUUUUUUGAAAAGUGGAAAAACACUAUAUUUUAAUUUAUUUGAAAAAGAGAUAUGUGACUCGGUUUUGGAUUUUUUAACAGCCAAACUUAAACGCCAUGGAGCAUUGAUUCAUAGAGUUUAUAGUGGCUCUGCGUUGAGAAGAUAUACAACUGAGUGAAGAAAUGGGUCAAUAAGCAAUUUCGAAUACUUAUCCUUUAUAAUUUAAAAAAAUAAUUUAUUUACCUCUUUUUCAUCAUAAAUAUCUAUAUAUUUAAUUUUUAAUUCGGAGAAUUAUUAAUUUUAAAUAAGCACGCAAGCAGAUCAUUUAAUGACUUAAGCCAGUAUCCUAUUUUCCCAUGAAUCCUUAACUAUUACAACUCUAAAAAUAUCAAAUUUGAAGACCCAGGAAUUUAUCGUGAUCUUAAGCUGCCUGUAGGUGCCCAAAAUGAAGAAAGGAAGACUGAUGCAAUAAGGAGAUAUGAAAUGUGCUCAGAAUCGGGCAUGCCUCCAUUUCAUUAUGGCACACACUAUUCUAAUGGCGGCUUAGUCCUUCAUUACUUAGAGAGAAUUGAACCUUAUACUGCUCAAGCUAAAAAACUACAUGGAUGGAAAUUUGAUCUGCCAGACAGACAAUUUAUAUCUUUAAUAAAUGCUUGGGAUGGUAUAAUAAACACGACAGGUGAUAUUAAAGAGCUUAUUCCUGAGCUUUUUUAUUUAUCUGAAAUAUUUGUAAACCUGAAUAAUCUGGAACUAGGAGCAAGACAAGAUGGGACACAGGUUGGGGAUGUUGAGCUUCCUACAUGGUCGAAGUCUCAAUAUGAUUUUAUUGUAAAAUUUAUUAGAUUGAGUUCAUCUAGGCCAGCUCAUUAUAAACAAGGUUUUAUUUUAUUAUGAAAUUAUUAUAAAUAGCUAAAAAUCAGUCAAUGUCUAUAUAAAACAUAAAAAAGCUUUAGAAUCUGCUUAUGUCAGUGAAAAUUUAAACCAUUGGAUUGAUCUUAUUUUUGGUUAUAAGCAGGCAGGAAAAAGUGCAGUUGAAAGCCUCAAUGUAUAUUUUGCGACUACUUAUGAAGAUAAUUUUAAUAAAAUUAUGAACAAUUCCCAAGAUCAGGAAUUUAAAGAAACAAUGAAAGAGCAAGCCAUUCACUUUGGACAAACACCAAUCCAACUAUUUAAACGGCCACAUCCAGCUAAAAAAGAUACCAAAGAAAAAUAUAAGCCUUGCAGUAUUAUUGAGAAAAUAAAAAAUUCAGUCACAAACUGAAGUGAGCCAUUUAACAGCUAUGGGAGAGUUAUUGCCAUGCUAGCAUCACAGAAGUUUUUUGUGAUAGUAAAAUUCUAUGACAAUAUACUAUUUCUAAUGCCUAUGUAUUUUUAUUUGCCUAGUUUUCUUAAAUUUUUAUUCUUUUAAUACUAUUUAAAAUAAUUUUGCUUAAAUUCAAAUGCAAAGGAGACCUAAAAAUUGAUUUUUCAAACCUAAAAGAAACAGAACUCGAAGGCACAAAAUAUAUGAUUGACGAAAGCCUAAUAGAAAACUCAAUUUUCUAUAUCUUAAAAGAAGAAAAUAUUGCAUCAGGUGGAUAUAUUGACAAUACCUUCAAAAUUCACAGCUUUGACGGAUAUUUAAUAGGUUCUUACUGCUACCAUGUAUUCCCAGUAUCUGCUAUAGCAAUUACAAAAUCCAAAAUAAUCACAGGCAGCAUAGACACGUCGAUUAUUUCUUGAAAAUUAGGACCCUCAAUCAGCAAUAAAAUAAAGCGAGAAAAUUCUCAUUAUAUAGGCCAUAUCAGUGAAAUAAAAAAACUUAUUAUUUCUGAAGACUACCAAAUACUUAUUUCUUUAGGCUCUGAUAAUACUGUAAUAGUCCACAAUUUAAGGAACUCAGAAUGCCUAAGAAAAUUCCAGUUCAGUCAAUUAAUUAAUGAAAUUGCGUUUAGUGAUUUAGGAUUAAUUGUAGCGGGUGGGACUGAUGGAGUAAUAGCAUACACUCUUAAUGGGGGCGAUUUAAAAAUAAAAUCAAGGGCAAAAAACAUAAAACAUGUAGAAAUUAAUAGCCCUGGUGAUGCUUUAUUGAUGUCUUCUCAGAAUGGUGUUGCGGUGCUUGAACUGUUUAAUAAUACCAAUGAUUCAGAAUAUAGCUUAAGUGAAGAAUUUUCUUAUGCGAAAUUUUCGACUCUGCAGGAUUAUUUAAUUUGCUAUCAAAAUAGAAACGACAAUUUUAUUGUGUCAACAUUAGAGUAA